AUGAAAACUCAGAUGCUUCCAGCAUACGCUGGUGGGGUAGUAGCAGCACACUCACCCCGCAUGUCAAAUUUCGAACUCCCGCAUGAACAAGGAGAUGCACUGCUGAUGAGCUCUAAUAAGAGCGAAGCUCGAGUCCAAUGCUCCCCCCUUUGGUGUGUACGAACCAUGAUCCACACCAAGAUGGCAUGGAACGGUUCGGACAGCGUGUAUGCGCUGCUGAUGCGGAUUCACAAACCAAGACACAAGGAACUGCGUGAAGUCGGAUCGACAAAGGUCACAAGCCGGAACCCAGAGAGGUCAACGACAGAGGUCACUAAAGUAUCGAUCAGAGCACGACGGCAGAAGAAGCCAAGCUCACACUUCACGUGGUCAUCGAUCAAUCACGACACAGGAUAA